AUGAGUGUGGAAUUGCUUCUGUAGGUGUGGUUUAAUGAAUCCUGCCUGUGUCUGAGCACCUGAGGUUAGCUCGUAAGUUGAAGGUUUGGGGCACUGCUGGAUAAUGCGUGGAUUGUGGCAGAUCCCCUUCCCGAGGCUGAUCUCGGGAUCACUGUGCCAUGCUACAGGCCUUUGUGCUGUGAAACAUGAGUUCUAAGCAUCUCUCUGACUGGAUCUCUUACAGUGUUCUGGAUGAUGAGAGCAGCAACCUGCGGCAGCAAAAGCUUGACAGACAGCGAGCGCUGCUGGAGCAGAAGCAAAAGAAGAGACGGCAGGAGCCCCUGAUGGUCCAGUCAAAUGUGGACGGUCGCUCACGGACUCGGAGGACGAAGCAGUCGGAGGAGCAGGCGCCUCUGGUCGAAUCGUAUCUCAACAGCAACAGCAGCACCAUUUACCACGCAGUGCAAGAAGCCGAACAGGAGGAUGUAAAGGUUGUAACAGACGUGCAAGUCCCAAAGCCUCCUAAAAAAUCAAAGUCUGCAGCUGCAGGCUCACAGGCCGCCAGCACCAAGAAGGAGAAAAAGGGGAAACACAAAGGUAUCGAUGGACCUGCAGCCUUUCAGGAUGACCUGCAGGAGGUGAGGAGCCAGGUUCAGAUCCUCACCGUUGGGCAGUCCAGCAACGAUGAUGAUGACACAGACCCUGUGGCCAGCGCACAGCAAACAGCCAAGCAGGACCUCAGAGUCGCAAUGCAGAAAAAGGGCAUUUCCAGCAGCAUGAACUUUGAUGAGGAAGAGGAUGAGGAAGAUGAAGAUAGCUCCAGUUCCUCUCAGCUGAACAGCAACACCAGGCCUGGCUCCGCUUCUAGUAAAAAAUCCAAUAAGGAAGCAGCCUCCGUCUCAACCCCUCCGUGCAACGAUGCUUUGAUAGAUGUCGACGACCUUGAGGAGUUUUCUUUGAGACCAUCUCCGCAAGGAGUCACUGUCAAAUGCCGCAUCACAAGGGACAAGAAAGGGAUGGAUCGGGGAAUGUAUCCCACCUACUACCUCCACCUGGAAAGAGAUGAUGGGAAAAAGGUAUUCCUGUUGGCAGGAAGGAAACGCAAGAAGAGCAAGACGUCAAAUUACCUCAUCUCUGUCGACCCCACUGACCUGUCAAGGGGGGGAGAGAGCUUUGUUGGCAAACUGAGAUCAAAUUUAAUGGGCACCAAGUUCACAGUGUACGAUAAUGGAGUGAAUCCCGAAAAGGGAAGUUCAAGCUUAGAGGCAAGCAACUUGCGUCAGGAGCUCGCGGCCAUAUGUUAUGAAACAAACGUUCUGGGUUUUAAGGGACCGCGGAAGAUGAGUGUAAUUAUCCCCGGCAUGAACAUGGACCACGAAAGAGUCUCCAUCAAGCCACGAAACGAGCAUGAAACUUUACUGGCAAGAUGGCAGAACAAAAGCACAGAGAGUGUCAUUGAGCUGCACAACAAAACUCCGGUGUGGAACGACGACACGCAAUCCUACGUCCUAAAUUUUCACGGUCGAGUUACACAGGCCUCUGUGAAGAAUUUCCAGAUUAUUCACGACAAUGACCCGGAUUAUAUAGUGAUGCAGUUUGGCCGGGUGGCUGAAGAUGUCUUUACCAUGGACUAUAACUACCCAAUGUGUGCACUGCAAGCGUUCGCUAUUGCUCUCUCCAGUUUUGAUGGUAAACUAGCCUGUGAAUAGACAGGGCAUUGCCAGUCAUUCUGAGGAAGCAACACGUGCAUCAAGGACAAACCUGUCAUUUCUGCUUUGACCUAUUGAUCACACAGGCCAUAACUCAUCACCCAGGCGAUUUCUGUUUCUUUUCUCUUGUUGGAUUAUUUAUCUAUGAAUACGAGAACACAAGGAGGACACGUUGAAAAAUACUUGUAAUUCUAUGACUUUUUUUUUUAAAAAAAAGCAUGGCCUGAAAAGUGUUUUUUUUAAAUUGUUUUCCCAACUGACUUUACCAGGAGUUUGGAAACAAAAUUAUCUUUUGAGAAAAAAAAAUGAAGAAAAACUUUUUUUAAAAAAGGUUUUGUGUGAAAAUGGCAGCUACAGAAUCUGCGGGAAUUUGGCCCAGUGAUGACAGCACAGAGAGAUCUCUGCAUGCCAGUUCACUCUUUAUUUACUACCCUUUGUAUCAUUGGCAAUGUACAGUAUAAGCAGAUCAGAAAAUACUUUUCCUACAUGUGCACUGUAUUCUCUCUGUCAUUUUUCGUACAAUAUGCAGCAUUAUGAUACUUCAGUGACUGAUGUUUCUGAUACUGAUUUAAUCAGGCUCUUAAAGGGAACGAGGAAAUUCAAUACUUAAAAAGUUGAUGUGUGUGUAUGUGAGUGCGUGUGUGUGUGUGUGUGGAGUGAGCGGGAAGCUGACAAUUAAGAGCCAUUUUUAAAGUCAAAGGGUUAGAUAUAAACACUUUGAUUUGCUUUUUUUUCUAAGUCUAUUUCUAUUGUCCCUGAAGGAAACCGGAUGGGGAUAAGGGAGGCGGGGUCGGGGGUGAAUUCUAAUUGUUCCAACAGAUUCAUUGCUUUGGGGUAAAUGCCAUUUCCAUCCACUAUCCUUACCAAAUUUGUUCCCAGUGCUUAUGAGUAACUGUUGGAAUUUUGAUGUCCUAUAUAACAUAGCAUUAUAAAUGCAAAUCGAAAUGAUAAAAUUGAUCGGUUAUCUCUACGUACGUCACAGCACAUUUACUGAAGUUCAUCUUCGCCAUUCUUCGCAACUCUAUUUGUAUAUUUUUUUAAAGAGUGCUUACGGCAAAAAUAAGUUUUUAAAAAGCCAGUGUUUCAGUUCAGUCUCAACCUAUGAAUCUUGAAGCCAUUGAAGAUUUCCAUUCCUGCACAAUAUGGAGCGGUUCUCUAUGCACUCAACUCCAAUGGUGUAGGGGAAGUACAUUGCCAACUCUAUGAGUGGCAGGACAUGUUGGCAUGGACUCAGAGUAGUCUAUUUGUUGAACAGGGAUCCAAGCUUUCCUAAAUCCCGAAAUGUUUGGGAAUUAUCUGAUGUUAAGUACAAUCCUGUUUCGCGACGUUCAGCACUAGAGUUUGUGAACUAUGUGCAUUGUUAGAAUUUACUGAAUGUUUGCACUUUUAUAGAGGGGUUAACUGCACACAAGUCUUUGCUGGCUGCUUUCACUUGAACUUAUUAUCUCCACAGCGGAUUCCCAAACUCUGGAAUUCUCCAGGGAGUUGUCAGUGAAAAGCCCAGGACCAGGUUUACUGGUCGGGAAUAAAGCUCUCACGCACAUAUUGUAAGGGUCGAUGUACAUUGAAUGAUGCAUUUAGUGAACUACUAGAAACAUUCAGGAAUUUACUGUGAUUGAAUUCAUGGAACUGAAUGAACUUAGUGGCAGCAACACUAACUGUAGCACUUAAACUUGUCUUAGAAAAUAGUUGUUUUUUUCAAAAAUAGACAUGAAAUCUAUUCUUAUGAAAGCAGCUUGCUUGCAUUAAAGUUAAUUUCACAUCAGUUCAGACAUUCUGAUGGAUACAGUCAGCCAGGUGAUUGGCUCUGGGAUAGGGAGUAGGGAUUAACUACUCUAAUACAUUUGAAAUAGUCACUGCAAAUGGGCGUAGUCUCAAUCUCAGAAGAGAGAGAUGAUUAGUUGGUUUAGAUUUAACUGCUUUACAUACACAGAAGGUGGUGAAUCUGUGGAACAGAAUACUCAGGGAGGUGGAUAGUGUUGACAAUUUUAAGAGCGUUUAAAAUAGGUAUAUGUUGGUGGCUUAUGAAGGGGAUUAUGAAGGUCGGAAGCAAUGUUUUCAGUAUUAGGAAAAGGGACCAGCCAAGAUGGACUGUAAUUUUUUCUGUGUUCUUGUAGAUUUCUAUAUUCCUAAGUAUUCAGAGCAUGUAAGCUAGGAGCUCGAAGCUGAGGGAAAUAGCCCACAAAAUAUGUUGAAUCUGUUUAAGACAAAACCACGCUCUCCGUUCAGUACAUCAUCUGGUACUCCAGUGUAACAUUUAAACUGCUCUCAACAGCCAUUUAUGGCCUCUCAGAGUGAUUGUGAGUUCAUUGUUGUUGUGUAUUCAAGUUUGGCUGGUUUUGUGCUGGGAAUACGUGGCCUUUAGAUUAUGACUGCUCAUUUUCCCUGGGAGCCUUAUAACCAGCAGAGGAAACGUUAUCCCCUCAGCCUGGAUUGCAAACAGGGGACCCAGAAUUGACAGCAAAGUGGUUCUACCCCACCAAGCCCCCUCUGCUUACAGUAAUUUCAUCUUUCAGAAUCCUUCCUCCAUAAAUAGCUCAUUGCAGCUUCUUUGACUCACUGGGUUACCUGUAACUCUCUUGUUGUAUAGAAAUAGUGGAAGAGAAAAAUCCCGGAAUGAGACAUUAUGGUUCCCAAACUCGACCGGUAAUCUGUCACGUUCAUUCAUUCUUUUGCUUGUAACUGUCCCACCUUCGCCGACUGCACAAAAUCAAAAACCAAGGCAACAAUAUAUGGGUUUCGAUUGUGACUAGGACUGAUGGGUCUCAUUUGCACAGUGAAAAAAGAUAUAUUUGGGGCGGGGGGAAAUUUUAAUGAAUAAUAAUUAUUUAUGGCCUUUUUAAAGAGUUGGAAUAUAGAAAUC